AUUAUUGUAUUCCCACAAAUGCACAACCAACAAAACCCAACAGUGGCUCCUGUUAGAUACGAAUCGUAUAGGGUCCAUUAAAUACGAACCCCCGAAGGAUAUACGCCAUUAACGGGCCAGAUAGCCGCCUCUAUCUUCACGCCUCGUUGUUUCCUUUCUCUCUGACUAUUGCAAUGGCGUCCCUCUCUCUGUCUGCUCUCCCUUUCAUUCUCUUCAUUUUCACAUUUACAGAUCUCGGUCACUGUAUUACCCAAAACACCAGCAUAACCGAGUACCUUAAACUGCCUUUGCUCCACAAAACCCCUCCACCCUCCGCUCUCCACGCGCUCUCUCUCGACAAUCACCGCCUCUCUCUCCUCCACUCUCACCGAGCCCUCAAGUCCCCCAUUGUCUCCGGCGCCCCUUCUGGCGCUGGCCAGUACUUCGUCUCUCUCCGGCUAGGCUCCCCACCACAAACAUUGCUCCUCGUUGUAGACACCGGCAGUGACCUCAUCUGGGUCCAGUGCUCCGCCUGCAGGAACUGUUCCAAUCGGGUACCCGGAUCCGCAUUCCUGGCUCGUCAUUCGUCUACAUUCUCCCCGACUCACUGUUUCGACUCGGCGUGCCAACUCGUUUCCCAUCCCGAACACACUUCCUGCAACCACACGCGCCUCCACAGUCCCUGCCGCUAUGAGUACUUAUACGCUGAUGGAUCCUUAACAAGUGGAUUCUUUUCCAGAGAAACAGCGACAUUGAACACCAGCUCGAAACGAGAAGCCAGACACAAGGAUCUCGCAUUCGGUUGCGGGUUUCGAGUCUCAGGUCCGAGUGUUACCGGGUCGAGAUUUAAUGGUGCUCAUGGGGUGUUGGGUCUGGGUAGAGGACCCAUUUCUUUUCCUUCUCAGUUGGGUCGCCGUUUCGGUCACAAAUUCUCUUACUGUCUCAUGGACUACACUCUGUCUCCGCCUCCAACGAGUUAUCUCAUGAUCGGCGAUGCACAAAACGAGGUCAUUUCGAAUAUGAACUUCACGCCUCUACUUAAAAACCCUCUCUCUCCCACAUUUUACUACAUUGGGAUCAGGAGUGUCUUCGUCAAUAAUGUAAAAUUACGGAUCGAUUCAUCUGUUUGGUCCCUCGACGAGUCAGGUAAUGGCGGCACGGUUAUCGAUUCUGGCACUACAUUAACUUUUCUGGCAGCUCCGGCUUAUCGUCUAAUUUUAAAAGCAUUUGAUCGGCGAGUUAAGCUGCCUCGAGUAGCUGUGCCGGCUCCGGGUUUCGAUCUCUGUAUCAAUGUCUCCAGCGAGUCGAAACCCAGGCUGCCCCGGAUGAGUUUCAAACUAUUGGGCGAUUCGGUAUUUUCACCACCACCGAGGAAUUACUUCAUUGACACUAGCGACGGAGUGAAAUGCCUGGCGAUUCAACCCGUUGACUCGGUGACAGGAUUCUCUGUGAUAGGGAAUGUGAUGCAGCAGGGAUAUUUGUUUGAGUUUGACAUGAAGAGCUCGCGGCUCGGCUUUACACGUCGUGGCUGCGCCCAUCCCUGACCCAAAUGCCUCAGAUUCGGAGCAACCCGUUUUUAAAUUUGAUUUUCUUAAGAUUUAAUUGUUGCUAAUGUAAUUAAUUAUUUUCUGGGGAUUUAUAUAAAAAGAAAACCAA